AUGACUAUUGCCAUCGCGGGCAUGGGCCCGGUCGGAGAGACGAUCAUGGAUACACUUUUGGAAACUCCUGAAUAUCAAAACCAGGUCGUCAUCCUCACUCGCAAAAAGGAGACUCGUGACUCUUGCAACCAAGUUGAACAGGUUGAGGUAGAUUACAACGAUGUCUCCUCUCUUGCCGCCUCUCUCGAGAAACAUAAUAUAGAUACCGUAAUCUGCACCAUUGGUAUGAUCUCUCCCGAGGCAGGCCAGUCUCAAGUGAACCUCAUCCAGGCUGCGGAGAAGUCUUCUGUAACCAAAAGAUUUAUCCCCAGUGAAUAUUCAUUCGUUCAAUCAGAAGAGAUCCUUCAUAUCACUCCCGGAGUGAACCUAUAUAUCGCUGCAACCAAUGCACUCAAGGAGACCAAAUUGAAGUAUACUCGAAUCUUUCCCGGUUACUUUAUGGACUACUGGGGUAUGCCGAAUGCCCGCACUCAUUUGAAGCCACUCGCUUAUGCGGUUGAUAUCCCCAACCACCGAGCUCUAAUCCCAGGUGAUGGUAAUAAUGUCGUUACCUUCACCUACUCAUACGACAUGGCCAAGUUCAUUGCAAAGUUACUUGGCACGGAGGAAUGGCCAGAGCUUGCGUAUAUGGGAGGAGACGAUCUUACUCUGAAUGAGUUGGUAAAGAUGGCCGAGGAAAUUACUGGCACCAAGUUUGAAGUUUCUUAUGACCCUCUGGAGAAGGUAAAGAACAACGAGUCCACCCCUCUGCCUCAGUCGGACAAGGUGGUAUACCCCCCCGAAAUCGUCAGCUGGGUUGUUUCCUAUAUGAGUCAAGUUGCCAUUAUAGACGGGUUCAAGCUGCCGAAGGAUAAGCGUAUCAAUAACAUGUUCCCUGAUGUUAAGCCGGUCAACAUGCGGGAGUUCCUGACAAAGGCCUGGAAAGCUUGA